GGCAUAACUAAUACUUCUACGUACUUACCCUUUUACAGUCACUUACACAAAGUCACUGACAAAAGCGUAGAAAGUUUCUUCACCUCAUAAAAAGCACUGAUUUUGACGCAGAAUUGAACCUUUGCUUUUGUUGACAUGGGUGGUGGUGAAUACUACAAGAUACUGAUGGUGAAUCAUGAUGCCACUGAUGAGGAACUGAAGAAGGCUUAUAAAGGGUUGGCUAUGAGAUGGCACCCAGAUAAGAACCCUCUUAAGAAAGAAGAGUUUGAGGCCAAGUUUAAGCAAGUUUCUGAAGCCUAUGAUGUGCUUAUUGACCCCAAGAAGCGCAAGAUCUAUGACUUAUAUGGUCACUAUCCCCUUAACUCUCAACGUUUUAACAAAGAUAACGGUGUUGGGAAUAAUAUAAAGGAAAACAAAGAAAGGGUUGUUGAGAACACGUUGGCAUGUACUCUUGAGGAGCUUUACAACGGUUGCAGAAUGAAGUUGAGGGUCACAGGAACUGAUGAAUUUGGAAAAUUGAAGUCUGUAGAUGAAGUCCUGAGGAUCGAUAUCAAACCUGGGUGGAAGAAGGGCACAAAAAUCACUUUUCCUGGUAAAGGCAAUCAAGAACUUGGAGGUGAUCUAAUAUUUGUGGUGGAUGAGAGACCUCAUGCUGUUUUCAAGAGGGAUGGAAAUGAUUUAGUAGUGAUCCACGAGAUAUUACUUAGAGAUGCUCUUACAGGAACAACCCUCAACUUGACUACCUUGGAUGGAAGAGAUCUCACAAUCCAAGUCACUGAUAUUGUGAAACCAGGCUAUGAGCUGGUGGUCCCAAAUGAAGGUAUGCCCAUUACAAAGGAACCUGGCAAGAAAGGAAACCUCAGAAUCAAGUUUGGUGUUGUGUUUCCACCGAAUCUGACCACACAACAGAAGUAUGAUCUAAGAAGGAUUCUAAUUGAUGCUGAUUCCUAAACCAAUAUUUUACAAUGAACUGUAUUUAUCUAAUGGCUGUAUUUAUCUCUCUAUUAACCAUUUUUACCGUGAAGAUUAGUUUACAAUGCAAAUAACUAAUAUGUGAUUCUACUUGUCGAUAUGAAAUAUGUGCAUAAUACAACUAAAGAAAGCAUGUUUGGUACUAUCUGCAGCAUGAUGUAGUUCUAGAAACAAGGGUUAUUCAGUAUUUAUAGUUUGCAUAUUUUACUCUCCUGUUCUAGAAGAAAGGAAAAAGAAAGGUAACUACGGUUAUCCGUGAAUUGACCGGUUCAGUUAAAUAGGGUAGUCUUGUUUAUUUUGGUGUGAUUAAUUUGAAAUUGCCUUAUGUGAAGAUAUUUCCUUUAGUUGGAGUUUUUCAUGUACCAAUGUCCAUUUGUUUUGAUCCCAUCAUUUCUCUUUCAAAAUUUUCCUUUUAUUUUUUAAAACCAACACUCCAGAAGAUAGUUUGGGUAUUAUUUUUCUCUUGGUUUUUUUCCUUCUUGCAAGAGAGAAGUAUGUUGGUUAGUCAUAUUAAUAAGCAAUAAUAUUGCUAGUAGGUAGAAAUUUUUAUGAGUCAAAUAACACAGAAAGAAGCCAAUAGCAUUGAUAGAUGUUAAUCUAUGCCCUUGUAUGUUAAACACAGGCAACUACAUAUGGCUUGUUACAUUGUAUGCUUGUAAUGGUAAAGAAUGACACGUAUUGUUUCUCAUUGGGCGAAAAUGAUGACGCCAACUUAUUGCAAUUUGAGUUGUUGGUAUUUCUUGUUCCCUUAUGAUGUCAAGGUAGAAUGUGCUGUGGUACCUUCUGAUUUUAUUUUAUUAUAGUUCAUGAUGAUCAAUCAUUUAUUUUCUGUGUUCCUCAAUCUUCUUUUUUAGCUCCUCCUUUUUUAUUCCUACCGAUUUAUCAGCAACUUUGCCUCUCUUAAUUAGCAUGAAUGUUGGUAAUUGCUGCACCUGGAAUGCUUGAGACAAUUCCUGUUGCCAUUUAUACCAUAAGUACAAAUCAGUUCUCAAGUGAUGGAAAUCAUUUAUAACUAAAAAACAUGAGCAUUUAUAUAUAAUGUCUGUUGUUUUUACAAAUAACACUGACAAACAGAAUGAGUGACAUACCAGUAAUUCCUCUACAUCAACCUUGAUGAACUCAACAUCUGUAUAUUUUGCGGCAAACUCUCGUACAACUGGGUCCAUGAGUUUGCAAGGUCCACACCAUGAAGCUGUGAAUUCAAUUACCAUCUAUACCAAAAAAAACUAUAUCAGAGAAACCACAUAUCAAUUGAUUAUGUACUGGUUAAAGAGUGUAGCCACAGAAACAUACCAGCUUGUUAGUUUCUUUGAGGGCAUUGAAAUGAGCAUUCCAUUCAGCAGUAGAGUGUAAAGUAAGCAUGUUGGAGGAUUCUGUCUGUAAAAAUCUAUCAGCAUACCCAAAAUCAAAAAAGGUGACUGCCAUGUUGGUUCCUUCCUCUGGCAGGAAUUGAUGAACCAAAAUUGAUCAAUGUGUAUGAAUCACCGCUAAGUUGGAGGGGUUUGAGAUUUCUUAAUUGGUUUGGAUGAUGGCAAACUGGUUGUAAACUUAGGUAUAUAUAGAGAUUAAUGAAGUAGUAGGAAACUACUGUGUAAUUUCUUAUGAAGUGAAUCAGAUUCUUUAAAGUGGCAAGCUGUAAAAUGGACCAUUGAAGCUAAUUAAGACAAAUUCGAGAGCAUAAGUACUUGAAUCAGUAGCUGGUGCCAGCUCCAUUAACGUUAGUUAAAUGGUCUUUCUUAUCACGUGUCGUUAAUGUGAUAAAAUUGUAGCCAUUUUUCUUGUUUGUCACAGAAAGAGUAUACAUAACCUUGCUUUCAACAAGAUCUUAAAAGUUUUGGAACUAUGAUAUGCUUAUGUUUGGAUUAGUUUAUUUGUUAAAAAAAUAUUAUACUUUUAUUUAAUUACUUUAUGAAACAUUGAAAACAUAAUUAUUUUCUUAAAAUUGAUCGUUAUCAAACAUUUCAAAACAUUGCGGAUGAUUGGUAAGAGUUUGACUUUAGUCAUUAAUUUUUGUUUAUUUUAGUCUCUAAUUUUCUAAAAUUAAAUACUUUCUACUCUUUAAUGAUGACAUAACUAAUUAAGAUAUUCUCAUGUAUGGAUUUUUGUGUUAUAAUUGCAUGAAGUUGUCCUUAGAAAUAAAAUAAAAAAUGUUAAAUU